AUGGGGAACGCCUUCUCCUCCGAUGGCCUCGAGACGGGGCAGGACGUUGGGCGGCAGCAGGCCGUGACUGAGGCCCGGCGCAAGGUGCCGAGCGCCCGGCCAGCCUCGGAACUGGCCAAGAAGGAGGAUUGGCCCUUCAUUCGGGAAUGCCUGGGCAAGAUGCUGCUGUUCAACCACCUGGACGACGACAUGCAGAACCAGAUCGUGGGGGACAUGUACGAGCGCCGCAUCGGGGCGGGCGAGAUCCUCAUCCGGGAGGGGGACACAGGCCUGGCCGCCUCCGAGCUGUACGUGGUCUCGGCCGGCGAGUUCGAGGUGCUGCAGCGCCGGCGCGGCGCCAACCUGCGCGUGAACAUGAAGCGCCGCGGCGACACCUUUGGCGAGGUGAGCCUGAUGUACAACUCGCCGCGCGGCGCCACGGUGGCGGCCACCCAGGACUCGGUGGUCUGGGUGCUGGAGCGCGAUGUGUUCCGCGCCCACGCCCGCGUGGGCCAGGAGACGGCCACGCAGCAGGUGGAGCUCUUCCUCAACUCCGUGCCCAUCCUAUCGGCGCUGACCAAGGAGGAGAAGCUGGUGCUGGUGGACGCCGCGGAGGAGGCGGUGUUCCCCCCGGGGACCACCGUGGUGCGCCAGGGCGACGCGGGCGAUGCCUUUUUCAUCAUCAAGGACGGCGAGGCGGUGGUGUACCAGGAGGAGCGGGGCGGGGGCGGCGAUGGGGCGGGCGGCGCGGCCUCGCGCCGCCGCGUCAACCAGCUCUUCCGCUCCGACUUCUUCGGCGAGCAGGCGCUGCUGGGCAACGUGCCGCGCGCCGCCACCGUGGAGUCGGUCACCCGCCUCGUCUGCCUGGUGCUGGGCAGGGAGACCUUCACCGCGGUGCUGGGGCCGCUGGAGGCGCUGCUCAAGCGCGAGAAGAGCCCGCAGGUGGUCAACCAGCGCCUGCUCAAGCUGCAGGCGCGCGGCGGCCCCACCCGCAUCCCCGCGGAGGUGGUGGUGCGGCGCAAGCAGCACGGCAGCGGGGAGUGGGACGUGGUGCGCACGCGCGGCCACGCCGACGAGGUGGAGGAGCUGGGGGGCACCUCGGUCGCCGAGUCCGGCGGCACGCCGCGCCGGCAGCUGGUGGUGACGGAGGGCAUGGUGCUGGGGACGGGGGCCUUCUCCCGCGUCUGCGUCGCGCGUGACGAGGCCAAGGGCCGCACCUUUGCCCUCAAGCGCAUGCGCAAGUCUGGCGUGGUGCAGUGCCCCGAGCACGUUUUCUGCGAGCAGACCAUCACGCGCAACCUGACCCACCCCUUCUGCAUCCGGCAGUACGCCUCCUUCCAGGACAAGUACCACCUCUACUUCCUCAUGGACUACAUGGGCGGUGGCGACCUGAUGGACGUCCUGGUGGCGGACGCGCACGUGAUCAGCGUGCGCAAGGACGCCGGCGGCGUGCGCCAGGGCUGCUUCGCGCCCAAGGUCAAGGUGCUCAAGGGCCUCGACAACUCGGUGGCGCGCUUCUACGUGGCCUCCCUGGUGCUGGCGCUGGACUACCUGCACCAGCACAACAUCGUGUACCGGGACCUGAAGCCCGAGAACGUGUUCAUCGACACCGGGGGCCACAUCAAGCUGGGCGACUUUGGGUUUGCCAAGGCGAGCAGCUGGUUGGGGGGGUUGUGGAGGCCGCUGGAGAACGGGCGCAAGACCUACACCUUCUGCGGCACCCCGGGCUACGUGGCCCCCGAGAACGUGCUGGCCCAGGGCUACAACUUCUCCGUGGACUGGUGGGGCCUGGGCGUGCUCAUGUACGUGCUGCUGACGGGGCGCCAGCCCUUCACCUCGCCCAAGACCGACGACCCCAUGGUGGUCAUGCGGCGCAUCGUGGACGAGAAGUUCCGCAUCGCCUUCCCGCCCUACGUCCACCCCGUCGCCAGGGACCUGAUCCUGAGGCUGCUGGAGCGCCGGCCCGCGCGGCGGCUGGGCAUGCUGGCGGGCAGGGCGGGCGACAUCAAGCGCCACGCCUGGUUCGAGGGCUUCGACUGGGAUGCGCUGGAGGCGCGCAAGAUGGACCCUCCGCGCCGCCCCAAAGGCCAGGAUGCCACCAAGCGCAUUCAGGAGCUGACGGAGGGGGAGCGCCACGAGAAGCCCCACCAGGAAUCGGCGGAGGAGAUGGAGGAGUGCGAGGCCGUGUUUGCAGACUUCUGA